AUGAGAAACCGCGGUCCUCUGCCCGUUCCCUCCGGCCCGGGUGCUCAUCUCCAAAACGGCCAUUCCCGCAAUAUGUCCGGCUUCGAAAUGGCGGCUCGCAGCCCUCCAAACCCAAGCAAUACCAAGCAUGUUCCAUGCAAAUUCUUCCGUCAGGGAGCUUGUCAGGCAGGACCUGCUUGUCCCUUUUUACAUUCCACCGAUGCUGCAGUCGACUCUGCUCCGUGCAAAUACUUCACCAAGGGUAAUUGUAAAUUCGGAGCAAAGUGUGCGCUGGCGCAUAUCUUGCCAGAUGGACGACGGGUCAACCGCCCCAAUAUCGGCAUGGGCAUGGGUGGAGGUCAUCUCAACCUGGGUGGCCGAGUCAACCCGCAGGCUUAUCACAAUCAGGAUUCCGCCUUGACGAACUCAGUGUUAUCACAUCAGCGGAUGAAGGGCCAUGAUUCUCGAUACGCAUAUGGAUUCCCUGCACAAGAUGAAUUCGCUUCUCUUCAUGCGUCGCAGCAGCCACAACAAGGUCCCUACGAGGGUUUCCCCACGGUCGACACAGCAUUCGUAUCAGAUGCUGGAUCGAAAUACGGAUCACCUGUCGAGGACAUCCGCCACCCCGCUUCUCCGAAACACCACCUCACAGCUCUCGAUGCGCCGCUCCCAGCAUCCUUUGAUAGCCAGGGUAUUUCUCAUGUGGCUCGCUAUGGCCCUGUUGCCGCUUCUAUGCCCUCGAAAUUCGGCCUUGAGUUGUCGCCGCCUGCGCAGAGAACACCUUCGGAUGCACUUCGAAAUCUUCGCGAUGCCGCCUUCGGUACAGACCUGAGAAAGCAGCCGUCGAACCUAGGCUCCUCUCCUCCAGGAUUCCCAGACGAUUUUGUUGCCCCCCGGUUCCUGCAUUCCCAGAGAAUGGCGGGUAGACCUAAGAUGCUCUCUGCCAGUGUCCCUCGUCCUAUGGUAUUGGACGACUGGGAUGACAGCAAUUUCACGAUGGAGGAAGAUUAUCUGCCGGGCAGCUUGCACGACGACGUCCUUACUCCCCAGGAGAAGAUGAGGAGGCUGUCCCGGACGGAGCACGAAUUGAGUUCCAGCAACAGAGAAUACGGUGGACUCGGCCUGAUGGGAACAAGUGCAACAAAAGUCGGCUCGCCGUUGGCCUCCAGCCCUUCCCGAUUCGGAGCGUUAUUUGCCAAGCAGCGACAGAGGAAGGAAGAAGAAGCCCAUGGUUCGUCCUUCUCGCACAUCGGUUCUCCGCUGCGGGAGUCAUCGUUGGGCUUUGGCUCAAGCCCCGGCUUGCGCCCGAUUGGCAGCCGGCCAGUGUCCGGUGAUGUCUCUCCAUUUGUCUCUGGCUCUGCACAGCAGUCCUCGAUGUCGACGCUCUCCCAGCAACUCAAUGGCAUGUCGCUCCAUCCUAGCUCGGCACGCCAGGGCUCUGCUGGGCCCAGCAGCCGCCUUGACCGUACAGUUUCCUCCCCUGUCACCACGAGUCGAAUCGAUGAAGAACAGAGUGACCUCGUUUUCUCGAUGGAAGAGGAAGAGGGCAACAAGCGGAGCAGUGUCGGCUGGGAUGCGAACAAGCAGACGUCGAAUGGGGAAGAGACAAACGCAUCGCGGGAUCUGGGUUUCCAACCAUGA